AUGGUGGAACCCACGCGAUCAUGGGAAUAUCUCGAAGGGUUACGUGGCGUUGAACUGCACAAGCUCUACAAGAGUCCUCCAAGCGCAUUAGCAGUAUUUCGAAAAGUGUUAUCUGGUUUGGCCAAGCACUUUGUCAUGUCGAUGCUCUAUUCACCCCGGCCAACGACCCUGUCCGAACUUGAGCUGAUGGUAAAAGCCAGCCACAGUAGAGACAGGCAUGAGGCUAUUGAGCAGCUGCGACGUUACCACAUCGUCAAAGACGUGAAUUCCAAGGCUAGCAAGGCGAUCGUACUAGUUCCAGCUUUUGCUACAUCACUGCGCCGAAUUUUGAGCGGUGGAGGUUCUGAAUAUUCCUUCGGUCGUGUCACCCAUCCUCCAAAAGCCGAGUCCGUUACUGUCGAAGACUUGGACAACUUUGCUCGUAUGCGAUGGGAGGGCAUUCUGGGUUAUACCGUCGGAUCUCAAGCUCUUGCGCAGUUGCAGGAGCCUGAAGAUGAGUUGCCUCCACCCGAUUCGAGUGUCAUCGAACUCCUCAAAAUUGGCCAUCUUGUCGAAGUUUCAGGCACAGUCUCGCGAGGUCAGCGGACUCAAGUCACCAAAGAAGGAUUUGCAUUUGUUCUCAAGGAUGUGAACACGCAGAUAUGGGAACUUCUAUUCCUGUUUGUAGAGAAUGCUGAACGUCUUGAACUCGAAAAAAUUGAGAUUCUUUCGUUCAUUUUCUUCGUUGCCUCACUCGAGCUCGGGCUUGCCUACACGACCGAGUCGUUUUCAUCUUCACAAAUACUGAUGCUUGGACACCUGCUCAACCUUGGCAUUGUCUAUCAACCAGAUGAAGAAGCACAGUUCUUCUACCCAACGCGACUGGCAACCACACUCACAUCCUCGAGUAGCACAGCGUUGACCGCCGCGUCGCAAACACUAGGAUCCUCGCUACAGUCGAACAGCGUUCUAUCAGCCGCUCAUAGCACGAGCCCGCACCAAACACCAGGAUCAGGCUUCAUCAUCAUCGAAACCAAUUUUCGCCUCUAUGCGUAUACCUCUUCACCUCUACAAAUCGCACUACUCUCCACCUUCGUCUACCUCCGCUCCCGCCAUCCAAACAUGGUAACCGGCAAACUCACAAAACAAUCCGUACAAAAAGCAAUCCAACAAGGCAUCACAGCCGAACAGCUCUGCGCCUACCUCUCCAGCCACGCCCAUCCCGUCAUGCGCCGAACCGCAGCAGCAGAAUGGGCUCGAAAACAAGCACGGCGAAUAGCAGCUGCUGACGACACAGAGGCGAAUGAAGAAGACGACAAGUUCACGGUCAUACCCCAGACUAUUCUCGACCAGAUCAGGUUGUGGCAGAUGGAGCGGGAUCGAAUCAUGUCUACGCCUGGGUUUUACUUGCAUCAGUUUGUGAGCCAGGCGGAGUAUCUGGAUGCUUGUCGGUUGGAGGGUGUGAAGGCGUUUUUGUCGGAGAAGAGUAAUAGGUAG